AUGGCCUAUAACUUCAAAAAGAAGGUUUACGGAAGUGAAGUAGUUGAUUAUGGAGUCCCUUACGACUACGCCUCCAUCAUGCACUACCCGUGGACGGCUUUCUCCAAAAAUGGCAAAAAGACCUUGGAACCCAUCCGACCCCUUAACGGAAAGACCCCGUAUGUGAAACUAAGUGACGAUGACGCAUUACAGGCGCGCAGGAUGUAUAAAUGUUCUGGUGAGAAAAUAAGAAAUCGCCCCAUGUAUAGGAAUCCAGCCAAUUUUUGUUCUUGGAAUCCGAGAUCCUGGGCUUUGGAAUCCGGAAUACAGCUCAAGGAAUCCGGAUUCCCACUAACAGUUGGGUCCGGAAUGCAAGUUCAGCUUCCGGUCAAAUCUGACAGCUUCUUCCUCGCUUCUUUAUAAUUAUUUUACAUCUGCAUGUAGCCUUUCAUUUUGCAAGUUGUAAAUAAAGUUAUUGAUUCCGUACAGCAAAAAUUGCUGAUUAUUGUUUAAUAGAGAAGUUACGUUGUUUAAGCUUAAAGCUAAUGUUUGUGUUGUGCAUUUGCCGACUAAUAACUGACACUAUUACAUGCGCUGUGUUUGCUUAUAGGACGCAAAAGAUCCCUUGCACUUGAUGAAAGAAUCGAAAGAAUCAAUUCAGGUAGUAGUCUUUUUUCGACACUUUUAUCUGUCAAAUUUACAUUAUGUAAGUUGUUCGACUUUUCGAGGAUGACCAUGUUUUUCUUAAGGCCACAUAGACUGACUAACUAGCCACAUAAAACUUAUUAACGAAACCACCCCGAAAGCAACUGAUUUGUACUUAAAUAGAUGCUUUUGUUUAUUCAAGUUCAACACAACCUUUUAUACUAUAUUAAUCAAUUAAAUUUGGGUUUUUUGAAGAUCAGCAACAAGAACGAUGUGAGGAUAUUGCAGAAACGAGUGAAUGCGAGGGUUGGAAAAAGUCGGGAUUUUGUCGCCAACACGAAGCUCUGGUAUAUUGGUGCAAAAAAACGUGUAACCUUUGUUCUUCUGGUAAGAAAAAGUGAAAAAUUUAUCGAUGAGGCGAAGAAUGAUACGAAGAAUUAUGCACGUCAUUUAUGGUGUUGUCCACCCGCGCCGCUGUCUCCUUGUGACGACAAUUUUCCAACAAUUUUUCUCUUAUUGACCUCAAUCCUAUCGCCUCAUGCAAGGGAAUCCGGAAAAUUUUUGCUUUUAGAAUCCGGAAACCUGGGAUUUCGAAUCCGAUUAACGAUUGGAAUCCAGAAUCCAAAGACUCGGAAUCCAGUACCUGAAAUCCGGAAUCCACGGCGUAGAAUCCAGAAUCCAAGUUUGUAUUGGAUUCUUUUACUUGGGGCGAGGAAUCGUAAAAUAAUAGAAAAAUCAUUAAAUUCGGAAAGCAGCUGGUUGAUAAUUAAGGACUAGCUGCUUAGCAAUCGAAUUUAGGUAACCUACAAAUGCAAUGUGUAUAGACAACACUGAGGAAAAGGUUUCGCUCACGUAAUUACUUUUUAACCAAGAGCAUUUUUAAUAUUCCAACAUUUCAAUAUAUCUUCAACAUAUAUGCGUUAUUGACCAAGCGCAAGGUUUUUAGGCAGUUCUUCUUUGGGUUAGCUUUUUGUACAUGGUUUAAAAGAAGUACUUAAUUUUUAUGCUAUUCACUGUUAAUAUUUAAUUUUAGGAUUUUUAAUGUUAUUUUAGUUUUAGUAUUUUAAUUUUAAUGGAGGACCCUCCUGAAACCGCUCUUGGUGAUGGAGGCCUCCUCUUAAAAUAUGUAUUUUAUUAUUAGUAUUUAUUAGUAUUAAAUUUGAUGAGCUUGUUUUGUGGUCUCUGGGGAAGGUAUUACAUUAAGUGAAUGGUUAUAUAUCCGAUUUUAAAUUUCAGAUAGUUGCAUGGACACAAAAAUAGAUUGCCUUAACUGGAAAGACUCAAACUUAUGCACGGACAAUCAAGUUAAGAAAGACUGUCCACAUUCAUGUGGAACGUGCGGCAAUACCGGAACAGGCUGUAGUAAGUGUCAGUUUAAAUGAAAUAUAGUACCACGAUGCUUUAGCGUUUUUCUUUUAGCGACAGAACGAUAUGUUUCAUUGAAAAAUCGACGCUGAGAGAUGCAUGAAAGAAUAACUAGCUGAAGAGAACUUCAGACAGGGAUUAUCUCAAGUGUAAAACUCGUUUUUUAAAGUUUUCAUUAAUUGUUAAUUUUUCGUUAACAAUAAAGUGAACGCGAAAAUGUCGGAGUCCUAAUCACAUGUCAGCUACUAUAUAACUAUUGUAACUAUUACUCGACAUCAGUUCCUCUAAAAGAUUCCAUUUCUAUCUUCUGCUUUCAGAUUCAACUCCACCACCAGCGACGACGCCCUCAACAAACUCCCCUGUAACCAAUAAACCAGCCACAUCUCAACCAACAAACCCACCCAUAUCGCCAAACAGCACUGGAGUAGGCGAGUGUAGAUACUGUAUUGCUUGUAAAUUCGGUAUCGUAGCGUUACUCUUAGUGGUUAGCAAAGCCUGGUUUCAAUAAGCUUGCCUAGUCCUUGUCUAGUGCCUAGUCCCCGGGUUAAACGCUUUGGCAGAGCGGAUUAAUGAGGCCUAGGGACUAAGCAAGUUUUAAGCGGCAAUAUAAUAGGCCAUUUUCACGAUGACGACAUUUGACUACAACUACCAGAAUUCAUUUUUUUUUUUGCUUUCUUAUUUAAAUUUGUCAAUCCCGCUGAGAGAAUAAUAGCUCUAAUUUGCACAAACAAACAAAGAAACCUGAAGAAUUCUGGUAGUUGUAAUGAAAUGAUGUAAUUGUGCAAUUGUCCUAUUCAGUCAAAUAUCGACGUGCCAGUGAUUUGUCGCGCGACGGGAGAGACAACUCUCGUGAGCAAAGGCUACUUUUUAGGAGGUAUUUAUCGUGAAAAAGAAGCGUUUAGGUUUAAUUACUCGCAGAGUGAGAAUUUCGAAAGAAUUUACUGACUAAAAAUGUUGUUCACGGUUAGUAGUACUGGUUGUAAGGCUUUCAGUGGGUUUUAAAGUCCUCACUUAGUAAGCCUUGGGCAUGACGAGAAAAAAAUGAACUGGCGCUCAGUUUCAUCGAAAAGUAGUUAAAAGCAAAGAAAAAUUCGAACAAAUGUGCUGUACGUGCACAUAGAAUUGUCGUUUUUAAAACCGCAACUGCUGUUUCGUCGUUCUCGUUGACGUCGCCGCCGUGACGAUCUUAAACUCAAUCUCAAAGAGGCUAACUUUUCUUCUGUCAUCGCCUUUUUUAAUAGGCUUGAGGUGCUUGGACAAACGCAAAAGUUGCAAAGACUGGGCUGAUCGAGGUGACUGCAUCACCAAUGGUUGGACUGAGAGAACAUGCCGGAUCAGCUGCAAAACCCGCUGUGAUAACCAGCCAAUCAAGCCGAAAGGUACAAGCUCAGUAGCUUCUCUAUAUAUUUACCGGAGAGAGGAAUGGAGGCUGUGGUUCUUAAGCCUCGUGCAAAAAGACACAACACUGUUGCGUCCAUUUCCACGUAGCUAAUUAUAAUAGUUUGACCGGUUUCAGACUUUGCGCAAGUCAACUCCCAACAACAUGAAACAUGGAGUGCAAAUGGACGCAACAUGUAACAUCCAAAAAUGUUGGGAGUUGUUGGCCAAUAAUGUUGCGUCCGUUUGCGCGGGGCUUCAAACAUGAAUAUAGUCCAAACUUGCGCAACUAAGCCCAAGCAAAGUGAUGAACAUAGGUUCAAAUUGUGGUUUUGAUUGGUAUAGAAAUCAAUACGUAACUACGGAAACAGCCUACAGAUAACAGUUCGCUCAUGUACUCGCUCAUGUACAAUAGAUAAGGUUAUGCUCAUACGCAGUUUGUUCCCUCUCUUUCAAGAUUAUCGCGGCCACACGAUUCCCCUAAAAAAAGAUCCGGAUUAAGAGCGUAAUGAUUGAACAAUAAAACAAUUAAAUCGUGUAGCAAAAUAUCUUGAUAGGUCUCAGUGACUCGCAGACAACUUGAUUAUUCGUAUUUGCCUCUUCUUUCGGAUACUGGCCUGCGUCUUGUGGUUCCCCCUGACAAGCGGUCAGAAAACGAUUUUGUCAAGACAGCAUGCGCAGAAUGGGACGAAGAUUCUAGUACGAGAUUGGAGUGAGAGUAACGUAUGUAAUUUGUUUUCAGGUUCCUGCUCUGAUGGCCUAGGUCUAGGGUGGCCUGGGGACUAUAAACUGCCUGACAGUGCAUUUAGAGCCUCGACCGACUACAGGCCAGGUGAGCAUAACGUGAAAAUUGAAUGCAUGUGCAAUCAUUAAUAUGUACGGAAUACGUUUGAAAUUAUGAAAAUGUUAUACACGCACCCACUGAUCUAUGUAUUCAGCAUCUAACACUAAUUGAAGAUAUGCAAUAAGCAAGCAUGUUGUGAUCAUGUGACAGGAACGCAUGUCAGGUGCUAAAACAUAAUUUUAAAUUUUCUGAUUCAUACAUACAGGGAAGUCAAGAUGAACGUAUGAUUUAAGAUACUGUGGGAAAAAUAGACGCUGCUCCAUUUGUACUAAAUAUCAUUAAAAGAAAACCCUCUUUGGUUCUAUAAUUAAUCAUUCGCUACUUUCUACAUGGUAACAGUCAGAUUCCUGCUCCAAGUCCUAAAUGACAACUUUUGUAAGACUGAAAGUGAUCGACCUUUACAAGGUAUUCGCCACUUUAGAAGCAAGAAGAGAAGUGCCGGACGAGUUAACUUUCGCAGAGACUACUAGGACUGUCAAAAGGUACAGGGAAAAUAUGGCAAUUAGCUGACUGGAGCGUUCUCAACAACCAUCCCAGAAACAAUUCCCUUUUCGUUUCUAAAAUGGUGAAUACAGUGGAAACCCGGUAACUCGAACUCUGAAGAAAACUCUGAGGUUCGAGUUAGCGGGGAUUUCCUGUUAUCGGGGUAAAUUUCAGUAAAAAUUUUGAUCAAAGGAAAAGAAAUUUAGUUCGAGUUAGAGGGAGAUUCGAGUUAUCCGAGUUCGUGUUAUCGAGGUUCUACUGUACAUAAUUUGCUCAAUAUGUAAAUCCUCCUUCGACCGCUCGUAGGCGCCUGUUACGAGCAGAAAUGAAGCUCCUACUAGUGUGCUUGUUCAGGAUUGGAUCUUGGUGCGGAAAUGAACGAGAUAAUCAAUGGUUACGCGUUGAUCUGGGAAGAAGAAAGAGGAUAAGGGCUAUUGCGACACAAGGUAAAAAGGGCGGAUAAGUCAAGAAUAAAUAUAAAAAGGGUUUGUUUGUUGUUUUAUGGACAGUGGGCUUAAAUUAACUUUUAACCUGCGAUCUGAGGUUUGUAUUUUCUAAUGCAUAUAUUUUUUAUUUUCAUUUGAUCUUACAUUUUCUUUUCAAGAACCGCCAAUCUCCCUCCACCUUAAAUAAAUCGCAACUUCUAGUGGACCUGUAUGAUCAUGACUGACAUUUCGCAUUCUUAUGACUGACGCGAAAAACUACACGUCGCGUUUGCUAUCGAAUAGUAUCGCAAUCGGAUAAAUGUAGCCAAAAUCGAUUACCGAGCAUUCUGAAACACCAUUAUAUUGCCAGGUAGAAUUCGAAUUCCAUUCAAAGAACAUAAAACCUAAUGUCCAGCCAACCAGAAGGAAGACCAGAUUCCUGCCUUUUUACACGUGAUCUGGUAGACAAGUAUAUCACGAAAUGGAGGGCAUCAUGUUUGUGAGCUAAUUAGACCGAAUACUUCUGGGGUGUCGAGACAGUGUCGGAAAAAUUAAAAAAGGCCUUCUUCCUUCCAGGAAGAUCAUGCUUACCAACCCAAAAUUAUAGUUUUUCUUCUAGAGCAGAUGUUCAUAGUUAACAGCACCCUUUAAAAAAAGUCUUGAGAUGCUGUGAAGGUCGGGUUUUAAAUUACUGCAGUUUUGAGGUCAAGAGAAAUGUUGUAACGAAGUUUAAACGAGUUUUAUUUAAUAUAACUUAAUGCGUUUGUUUUUGAAGGUCGUGAUAUGUUCCAUGAACAUGUCAAGGAAUACAAACUGGCCUUUAGUGACAACGAUUCCAACUACCAGGUGUAUCAGGAAAAUGGGAAAGACAGGGUAAGUUUCUUCCGCAGCCUAUGUUUGAUACUUGUUCACAAGAUACCCCUGGAAUUUUAGAGUGGCACUUAGGUGUUCCGGUCACACGGAAACAUUUAGACGUAUUUCUGUUCAAAAAUUAAAACGUCAAAAUAGAGAAGAAGCCAAAUUUUUAGCCGCUACGGCCGAAGCGGUGUGAAAACCAUAACCGUCUAAAUUUUUGGACAGCGAAGGCGUGGGUGCAUGGAAGCGUGGUCACUCAGCUGAAGACGCCAUUUUGGAUUUGCUAAAGUAACGCUUUGUCCACGAACAAAUAAUAAAACCACCAAAAGAGGUAAAAUUAAAUCUAGUUCGUCAGACUCUGUGUGAACAAAGUAAAAAAACAUAUGCAGUGGAAACCGCCCACCUUACGGCCACGCUGGUAGUAUGGUCACCUCGUUAUUGCGGCCACUUUUGUUCUUUACAUUAAAACCCCGUUAAUGCAGUGACCCGUUGAUACGGCCAACGGCCACAUUUUCAAAUUCCAGACGUUAGAAUCUCUUAUAAUUUCACCCCGGCCCUGUUAUACGGCCACUUGUUCGAGAUUUAGAAAAUUAAGUUGCCUGUGAUAUGUCAAUUUUAGUGACCUGGUACUCUGAGUCUGUUCUUGUACUGUUUCUAGACAACAGUACACAUAAAGUGCACUUGCUGCGAUUUUAUAGCUGAAUUUGAAAAGUGUUUUAUGUACUGAAGGAAAAUUUUAAGUGUAGUUUUUUCAAUUACUGUACGCGAUAUCUUCAUUCUGGUUGUUUAUAAAUGCGAACAGUUGUUCAAGAAAUGCGAAUACGAUGUACGGUGUACUUGUCAUUCAGAAAUUCGACCCAGUUCCCCGAUAAUAUAGCCAAUUUUUUUUUGACCCAUUGGUGACCGUAUUAACGGGGUUCCACUGUAUGAAACGCCGGGCUCCGCGUACAUGUUAACAAAGGCGUGUUCGGUCAAAUUUUUAGCCGGUUGAAAAUUCGUCUAAUUUGUUGUGAACGCAGCCUCAGUAUUCCUUAGUUUCCGUAUUUAUAAUUUGUGUAUUUGUUUACGAAGUUCAAUUCAUUCUUUUGUUCGUGCUCAUUUAUGACCACAGCUGAAAAUAAUUUAUUUAAGUUUAGCUUAUGAUAUUUUCUUCCAAUUUAUAGGUCUUUAUUGGAAACUGUGACCAUUUUACUCCAGUUCUGAAUACAUUUAAUCCUGUUACGGCCAGAUACGUCAAAAUCAUUGUCGUUAAGGCCAGCUAUCCAUGUAUGAGGGUUGAAUUGUAUGGCUGCGACGCCUAA